GUUCAAGCUCACCACAGCCAGGACCCAGCGGAACCCAGGAAGCUGGGCCAGCAGCCAGCCAGGUGCCUGUGUGGUGAGGGUGCCAGUGUGCCCAGAGGAGCCCUGAGGACACUGAGACAGCCAUGGGGCUGCUGACCGGGGAGGCGCUGUGGCCCCUGGCUGUGGCCACGGCCGUCUUCCUGCUCCUGGUGGACCUCCCCGCUCCCAGGGGUGAUCCUCGCGCGCUACGGGCACGCGUGGCGCGAGCAGCGGCGUUUCUCCGUGUCCACCCUGCGCGACUUCGGCCUGGGCAAGAAGUCCCUGGAGCAGUGGGUGACCGAGGAGGCCGCCUGUCUCUGCGCCGCCUUCGAGGACCAGGCCGAGCGGUGAGCAACGUGAUCUCCUCCCUCAUCUAUGGGCGCCGCUUCGAGUACGAGGACCCGCGCCUCCGCAAGCUGAUGGAUCUGAUGGAGGGCGCGUUGAAGGAGGAGUCGGGACUCCUGCGCCAGGUGCUGGAAUCGGUCCCUGUGCUGCUGCGCAUCCCGGGGCUGGCUGCCAAGGUCUUCAAGGGGCAGAGGGCCUUCAUGGCUCUUCUGGACGAGCUGGUCAACGAGCACAAGAUGACCCGGGACCCAGCCCAGCCACCCCGAGACCUGACUGACGCCUUCCUGGACGAGGUGGAGAAGGCCAAGGAGGACCCCAGGAGCAGCUUCAACAAUGAGAACCUGCGCAUGGUGGUGGCUGACCUGUUCUCUGCUGGGAUGGUGACCACGUCGACCACACUGGCCUGGGCCCUCCUGCUCAUGAUCCUGCACCCGGAUGUGCAGCACCGGGUCCAAAAGGAGAUCGAUGAGACAAUAGGGCAAGCGCGGCGACCAGAGAUGGCGGACCAGGCCCGAAUGCCCUUCACCAUGGCUGUGGUCCACGAGGUGCAGCGCUUUGGGGACAUCAUCCCACUGGGCGUGCCCCACAUGACCUCCCGCGACAUUGAACUGCGGGGUUUCCUCAUCCCCAAGGGGACCACGCUCAUCACCAACCUGUCGUCAGUGCUGAAGGACGAGACCGCCUGGAAGGAGCCCUUGCGCUUCCACCCCGAGCACUUCCUGGACGCCCAGGGCCGCUUCGUCAAACAGGCGGCUUUCAUGCCCUUCUCGGCAGGCCGCCGCUCAUGCCUCGGGGAGCCCCUGGCCCGCAUGGAGCUCUUCCUCUUCUUCACCUGCCUCCUGCAGCGCUUCAGCUUCUCGGUGCCCGCUGGGCAGCCCCGCCCCAGCGACCACGGGACCUAUGGCCUCCUGGUGGCCCCACCCCCCUACCAGCUCUGUGCUGUGCCCCGCUAGAGGGGGAACCACACCUAGCUGCUCCUCAGCUGGGAGCCCUGAUGUACAAUAAACCAGCCUGGUGGCUGCAGCCUUA